AUGUUAAUAAUUCUUAAUUAAUAUCUUCCUUCCUUCAAAGAAUAGUUAUAAUCUAGUUUAAAUCAUUCGAAAUCUGAUUUCUAUUAAGUCUUGAGUUGUCUCAAUUUUCUGGGAUAUUAUCAUCAGAAGUAAAAUUGUAUUCUAUUCUAGCUAGUAAAAAAUGACUGAAAUCUUCUUUGCUUAGAUCAUUUCAAAGUAUCAUUAAAGUUAAGAAUAAAAGCUUAUGGAAGAAAUUAUGCUAUUUUAAGAAAAUAAGAAUGAAAAUAAUAAGAACCAUUUAUUCGUGCAAAAAGAAUAUUUUAUAAAUCUGAUGAUUUUUGUCCCAAACUAAUGUAUAUAUACAAAAAAGGUUAACAAUAUCUGCAUUUAGUUAUAUUAGUAACUUUCAAGAUAAAAUUAAUAGUAAGUACAUGCUAAGUAUAAUUUAGUCAUUGUUAGAUUGUAGCAAGAUAAAAAACAUUAUUCAUGUUAUAAAGGGAAAGAUAAAGUAAUUAAUUAAAUGAAUAAUAAAUUGAUUAUAGAAUGAAAUAGCAAUAUAUGAAUAAUUUCGUUUAUAAUAGUAAACCUAUGUAAUACUUUUUAAUAAAUUAAUAGGCCUGGUUGUCUAUUAAUGAAAUCAUAGAAUGAUUGGGAUUUCUAUUAGAAAUAUAUGAUAUAUAAGUUUAAGAUAUUUAAUAGAUUAUUAUUGUUAUUUUAAUUAUUUUAGAGAAAUGGAUAUCUUUAAAUGUAAAUACAUUACUCAUGAAAAUGAAGAAAUAAUUGGAUUUUGCUUGAAUUAGAAUUGUUAAAAUGCAUCAUAAUAUUGUUAUGAGUGCUUAACAACGAUUCAUUCGGAUCAUUAAAAUGAUUGUGUUCGAUUCCCUAAAAUAAACUAAUAUAUUGAUGAAUUCAUACAAGUUUACACUCGAUCAACUAAAUAAUUAAAAGAAAUCUCAAAAUUGGUUUAACAUUGUUUAGAAUAGAUUUUAAAGAUAAUGGAAUAGGAUGUUAAAUAAUUAGAAAAGAUGAUACUGCAACUUUAAAACAAAGAAUAUUUGGUAUUUAAGUCAUAAAUCAACAUAAUCAAAAAGUUAUUCUAAAAGGAAAAAGAAAAUUAAAUAUGUAUCCAAUAGAGUAUUUUCAAUAGAAAAACAAAUAAUAUAAUUGAAUGAUAUUCUUGGAACAGUUUAGAAUAGGGUAAAAGAUUUAACAAAAAGAAGCAAUUAAAUAUGUUCUGGUGAGGAAUAGAAAAAUAGGAUCAAAAUUCAAGAAAUACAGGAUGAUAAUAUAUAUUAAAAGAAAUAGAACAUAAUAGAAUCUGAAGGAUUUUAUGAUAAAGGUAUAUGUUAGUAAUUGGAAAUAGGAUUGGCAUUAGAUAAAUUGAAUAAAUGUUAAGAAGCAAUUGAAUGUUACGACAAAGCUAUUGCUAUUAAUCCAAAAUUUGANUUAGUUUUAGAAUCUAAAAUAUUAUCUGAAGUGGCGGUUAUCACUCUACAAUUUGAUGUGUGAGUACCAUAUAAUGUUAAUUCAUUUAUGUUAAUAAUUCUUAAUUAAUAUCUUCCUUCCUUCAAAGAAUAGUUAUAAUCUAGUUUAAAUCAUUCGAAAUCUGAUUUCUAUUAAGUCUUGAGUUGUCUCAAUUUUCUGGGAUAUUAUCAUCAGAAGUAAAAUUGUAUUCUAUUCUAGCUAGUAAAAAAUGACUGAAAUCUUCUUUGCUUAGAUCAUUUCAAAGUAUCAUUAAAGUUAAGAAUAAAAGCUUAUGGAAGAAAUUAUGCUAUUUUAAGAAAAUAAGAAUGAAAAUAAUAAGAACCAUUUAUUCGUGCAAAAAGAAUAUUUUAUAAAUCUGAUGAUUUUUGUCCCAAACUAAUGUAUAUAUACAAAAAAGGUUAACAAUAUCUGCAUUUAGUUAUAUUAGUAACUUUCAAGAUAAAAUUAAUAGUAAGUACAUGCUAAGUAUAAUUUAGUCAUUGUUAGAUUGUAGCAAGAUAAAAAACAUUAUUCAUGUUAUAAAGGGAGGGAUAAAGUAAUUAAUUAAAUGAAUAAUAAAUUGAUUAUAGAAUGAAAUAGCAAUAUAUGAAUAAUUUCGUUUAUAAUAGUAAACCUAUGUAAUACUUUUUAAUAAAUUAAUAGGCCUGGUUGUCUAUUAAUGAAAUCAUAGAAUGAUUGGGAUUUCUAUUAGAAAUAUAUGAUAUAUAAGUUUAAGAUAUUUAAUAGAUUAUUAUUGUUAUUUUAAUUAUUUUAGAGAAAUGGAUAUCUUUAAAUGUAAAUACAUUACUCAUGAAAAUGAAGAAAUAAUUGGAUUUUGCUUGAAUUAGAAUUGUUAAAAUGCAUCAUAAUAUUGUUAUGAGUGCUUAACAACGAUUCAUUCGGAUCAUUAAAAUGAUUGUGUUCGAUUCCCUAAAAUAAACUAAUAUAUUGAUGAAUUCAUACAAGUUUACACUCGAUCAACUAAAUAAUUAAAAGAAAUCUCAAAAUUGGUUUAACAUUGUUUAGAAUAGAUUUUAAAGAUAAUGGAAUAGGAUGUUAAAUAAUUAGAAAAGAUGAUACUGCAACUUUAAAACAAAGAAUAUUUGGUAUUUAAGUCAUAAAUCAACAUAAUCAAAAAGUUAUUCUAAAAGGAAAAAGAAAAUUAAAUAUGUAUCCAAUAGAGUAUUUUCAAUAGAAAAACAAAUAAUAUAAUUGAAUGAUAUUCUUGGAACAGUUUAGAAUAGGGUAAAAGAUUUAACAAAAAGAAGCAAUUAAAUAUGUUCUGGUGAGGAAUAGAAAAAUAGGAUCAAAAUUCAAGAAAUACAGGAUGAUAAUAUAUAUUAAAAGAAAUAGAACAUAAUAGAAUCUGAAGGAUUUUAUGAUAAAGGUAUAUGUUAGUAAUUGGAAAUAGGAUUGGCAUUAGAUAAAUUGAAUAAAUGUUAAGAAGCAAUUGAAUGUUACGACAAAGCUAUUGCUAUUAAUCCAAAAUAUGAUAAAGCAUGGAAUAACAAGGGUAGUUAAUCUUUAAAAAUUAUAAUUUAGGAUCUGCAUUAUAUAAUAUGAAUAAAUAUUAAGAAGCAAUUGAAUGUUUCGACAAAGCUAUUGCUAUUAAUCCAAAUUAUGAUAAAGCAUGGAAUAACAAGGGUAGUUAAUCUUUAAAAAUUAUAAUUUAGGAUCUGCAUUAUAUAAUAUGAAUAAAUAUUAAGAAGCAAUUGAAUGUUUCGACAAAGCUAUUGCUAUUAAUCCAAAUUAUGAUAAAGCAUGGAAUAACAAGGGUAGUUAAUCUUUAAAAAUUAUAAUUUAGGAUCUGCAUUAUAUAAUAUGAAUAAAUAUUAAGAAGCAAUUGAAUGUUUCGACAAAGCUAUUGCUAUUAAUCCAAAUUAUGAUAAAGCAUGGAAUAACAAGGGUAGUUAAUCUUUAAAAAUUAUAAUUUAGGAUCUGCAUUAUAUAAUAUGAAUAAAUAUUAAGAAGCAAUUGAAUGUUUCGACAAAGCUAUUGCUAUUAAUCCAAAAUUUGACAGUGCAUGGAAUAACAAGGGUAGUUAAUCAUUAAAAAUCAUAAUUUAGGAUUUAUAUUAGAUAAAUUGAAUAAAUGUUAAGAAGCAAUUGAAUGUUACGACAAAGCUAUUGCUAUUAAUCCAAAAAAUGAUGGUGCAUGGAAUAACAAGGGUAGUUAAUCAUUAAAAAUCAUAAUUUAGGAUCUGCAUUAUAUAAUAUGAAUAAAUAUUAAGAAGCAAUUGAAUGUUUCGACAAAGCUAUUGCUAUUAAUCCAAAAUUUGACAGUGCAUGGAAUAACAAGGGUAGUUAAUCAUUAAAAAUUAUAAUUUAGGAUCUGCAUUAUAUAAUAUGAAUAAAUAUUAAGAAGCAAUUGAAUGUUUCGACAAAGCUAUUGCUAUUAAUCCAAAUUAUGAUAAAGCAUGGAAUAACAAGGGUAGUUAAUCUUUAAAAAUUAUAAUUUAGGAUCUGCAUUAUAUAAUAUGAAUAAAUAUUAAGAAGCAAUUGAAUGUUUCGACAAAGCUAUUGCUAUUAAUCCAAAUUAUGAUAAAGCAUGGAAUAACAAGGGUAGUUAAUCUUUAAAAAUUAUAAUUUAGGAUCUGCAUUAUAUAAUAUGAAUAAAUAUUAAGAAGCAAUUGAAUGUUUCGACAAAGCUAUUGCUAUUAAUCCAAAUUAUGAUAAAGCAUGGAAUAACAAGGGUAGUUAAUCUUUAAAAAUUAUAAUUUAGGAUCUGCAUUAUAUAAUAUGAAUAAAUAUUAAGAAGCAAUUGAAUGUUUCGACAAAGCUAUUGCUAUUAAUCCAAAUUAUGAUAAAGCAUGGAAUAACAAGGGUAGUUAAUCUUUAAAAAUUAUAAUUUAGGAUCUGCAUUAUAUAAUAUGAAUAAAUAUUAAGAAGCAAUUGAAUGUUUCGACAAAGCUAUUGCUAUUAAUCCAAAUUAUGAUAAAGCAUGGAAUAACAAGGGUAGUUAAUCUUUAAAAAUUAUAAUUUAGGAUCUGCAUUAUAUAAUAUGAAUAAAUAUUAAGAAGCAAUUGAAUGUUUCGACAAAGCUAUUGCUAUUAAUCCAAAUUAUGAUAAAGCAUGGAAUAACAAGGGUAGUUAAUCUUUAAAAAUUAUAAUUUAGGAUCUGCAUUAUAUAAUAUGAAUAAAUAUUAAGAAGCAAUUGAAUGUUUCGACAAAGCUAUUGCUAUUAAUCCAAAUUAUGAUAAAGCAUGGAAUAACAAGGGUAGUUAAUCUUUAAAAAUUAUAAUUUAGGAUCUGCAUUAUAUAAUAUGAAUAAAUAUUAAGAAGCAAUUGAAUGUUUCGACAAAGCUAUUGCUAUUAAUCCAAAAUUUGACAGUGCAUGGAAUAACAAGGGUAGUUAAUCAUUAAAAAUCAUAAUUUAGGAUUUAUAUUAGAUAAAUUGAA